CUAGUAUAUAGAAAGACAAGGCAACAAGCCAGCAAAUAGGGUCGGAAGCCAGUGGGCCCGAAGGAGAAUCAAUGGACAUCUCCCGGGAGCCUACCUCAACGGAGGCACCCACAGAGGAUAAGGGGGGCAAAAGGAGGUAUAUGCACAACCACGAAAACAUGACGGACGAAGAGAUUGAACAGGCGGAGGAGGAUCAGAGCGACUCCGCAGCGGACGCAGACCUGGAGGACUCAUCAGAGGAGAACGGCGGGAAUGGAUACUCAAACGAUGAAGAAUACACACUCGAACAGUGGAUACAAACGGUGGAACAACUGGAAUGGGGACGAACGAUAGAGUGCGAGAUCAGGCUGGCCUACCACAAGAACUUAAGGAACCUAAAGCAGGCCACCCAGGUGGCGGAGGACAUCACCACAGAAAACCGCUUUGAAUUGCUGAACAAGGAAGAGGAGAUAAACGAGUUUGAUGCGACUUAGUACGCAAGGAAAGCUCGCCUCAACAAGAAUGACAUUCAUAUCCAGGAUGAAGAGUUCAGCAGGUGCUUUCAAUGGCCUAAGACUUACCACAACAAGAGCAACAAAUCUAGCAACAGAAA